UGUGAUUAAUUUGCUACAACACUACAUUAUGUCGCUGGCAGCAUGGAGAGCCCGUCGAGCAUCAAAGACUUUAAUACAGUAUGCGAACCUGCAUGUGCCAUGCAGCUCUCUGUUUCGUGCAGCGUGGGUUUUUUGUUCUCUUGUGAGCCGCAAAACGGGGAUUUGUAAAAGCAAAGUGACACCAAUUGAUGUACUACAUUUCAUCACGAUGAGAGCCAUAUCAACUGCAAAUAUUUCAUUUCUUCUCAGCUUUAUUUUCUCAGUUGUUCAACGGUCCGCUACAACGGGAGAAGCAGAAUUUUGCCCGGGUGUAGUAGAUAUGGUCUGCGGCGCCAAAACACUCGAAGAUGGCCACAUUGUUACCAUGGUACCCAAAUUGAUACAAAAUGACCUUUCCUGGAUGAAAGAUAUACCAGAACUGGCAAACGUGGAGCAAAGAUUUAUUUGUGAAAUUCCAGAUUGCGUAUCAAACCCUUGUCUCAAUGAAGGAACCUGCAAGGAAACUUUUAUUGGAUUUGAAUGCAUCUGUCCUGAAAACUUCUAUGGUGCCACAUGUUCAUGCCCAGUUCUUCACACGGUGAACGUUGGCACCACGAGACAAUAUACCUUUCCGGAUUAGCAGUCGUCCCUGGCAUGACUUCAUUUGACUUCGAGGUCAGCGCUAACAAUGACGCACAUAUUGGACUCUCCAGGAGCAACGAAGAAGACGUUGGAUAUAUGUACGAAAUAGCCAUCGGGGGAUGGGAUAACACCGGAGGCGCAAUCCGUCGACUUAGAGAGGUCUAUGAGUGGGAUGAAUUAUACCAGAACCAUCCUGCCACACUGGCCCUGACCGGCAAACCUUCGUACGAUCACUAUCGGAUCUCCUUUGCAGACGGCCACAUCAUAUUAUAUCGAUAUGGAAACGAUAUACCUCUAAUGGAGUACAUCGAUCCCGACCCUCAGCAGGUCAACUACGUAGGAAUAUGGACUGGAUUUGGGUCAGAUGGCUACUGGAAGUUUCCAUCACUUUGUGUGUGAAUAUAUAUACAACUCGCGACUUUUCGUCAUAAACAAUUACCAUAAUGUCCCGCAGUGGCGUACCUAGGAUUUUCCAAGGGGGGGGGGGGAAUUCGUCCGCCAAACAAUUUGACAAGCAAAAUAAAAAAAGGUCUUCAACCACAAGUAAACGACAUUUAUUUGUCACCAGAAAAAAAUUUGACAAGCAAAAAAAAUCAAGGACAUUUCGCACCAGAUUAAAAAUUGACAAGCAAAAAAAAGGGUCUUCAAGUUCAGAGAGAGGGGCCACUUGUAGCUCGUCAGGGAUCA